AUGGAUGAUUUAAAGAGAGCCAUCCAAACAGUAUACUCUCAAUCAUUUGUGGAACAGGAGGAGAAGGAAAAGGCUUUCAAUUACUUAAAUGUCUUUUCUAAUAGUGAAAAUGGCUGGAAGCUUUGUUUACCUAUAUCCUUUUCCCAGGAAUCCAUUCAACUUAGGUAUUUUUGCCUACACGUAUUGACGUCCAAAGUUACUAACUUACAGCUACAAGACUUACUCAUUAUAAAAGACAGAAUGAUAAACUACUUUAAUUCAUCACUCCAUGAUUCAAAUGACGACUUUUCGUUGAUCAAGAAAAUGGCCCAAUUAUAUGUAAAGUUGGUAAUCCAGCUUUACCCAGAAAGAUGGCCAACCCCGUUCCAAGAAUUGUUAGACAUGUUAAACAAUUUCAAGCCAAUUAUACCUUGUGGCAACUCUAUAUCAUUGAUACAUGUUGACAUGCUCACAUCUGUUUUGGAAAUUAUCAAUUGCGAUGUCAUAGAAUAUGCGUUGUACAACAAUUCCACAACGGACAGGAACAAUGCAAAAAAUCUCAAAGAAUGCAUGGUUACUAAGGAUAUAACCGAUAUAUCUUAUUGUCUGAUACAUAUUAUUAAGGAGUAUAAUAAUACCAUGAAUAUCCAAGUACUAGAUAGGUGCCUGGCAACAAUUGUUGACAUUCUUUCCUGGGCAAAUUGGCACGUAUUCUCAACUGUCGAAUUCGUUACUUUAUUGUUGAAUAUAAUCAAUAUGCGUAACAAUGCUUCAAUUAAUGCCCUGAAAAUAAUAUCAGCGAUGAGCGAACGUGGUAUGAAUCCUGUACAGAAGGUGGAGUUUAUGCUUCAAAAGCUCGACAUAAUUAAUCUAAUGAAGCAACUAUUUGCCAAUAUCAUAAAUGACGGGAUCACAGCACACGUUUAUUCACCCAUAGAAAUCAAUUUUUUGACGGCUAGAAAUAAGACUUUGGCCAUUGUGAUCCAUCAGAUAUUCGAGACAUACGUGUCUUUUCAACGCCUGGGGAAUGAGUUUGCCAGGGGAAGUGAAAAUACUUUAGGGUUGAUCAACGAGUCAAUUUCAGUAAUUUCACACCUACUUAUUGGUUGUUUCAAGAUAUACCCCCUUAUAUCAGUCUUGCCCUUAGUUCCAUCUGCCUGCGAUAUAGUAUCAUAUGUCAGACAUGCAAAUUUGGAAUAUGAUAAGACUUUCACAAGCAUAAUAAUCGAUCUAUUCACUUGUACACUCAAGCAUGCAUCGUAUCCUCACUGGUAUAAUCAACAGAAAGGUCUUGAUGAGACCGAAUUUGACGACUGUCGUGCAGCUUUGAUUUCUAUAAUUAGGAAUCUAUUUGUUUCAACACCUAAUACUGCAAUUGCCGAACUAGGUAAAAACAUCGGCUACAUCUGUACCUAUAGGCACCAAGUGUUGCCCUCUCAAUCGGAGAUUAUCAUAACAGCUGUACUAGUUGCUAUUGAGGCGAUGAAGCUGAAUAAUGAUAUUUUUAACGUUAUCUUACCGCUAUUUCAAACAAACACUUGCAUGUGUUGCAAUCGGGUUUCAUUCAUUCUCAAUGAAUUGUCCCAAAAUACGUUCGUGUCAAAUAGCAUACACGAGCUAAUUGUAAAGAUAUCUAAGGCCCCGGCUCAGAUCACGUUUAUUAAGCCCAGCCUCCAAUAUCUACUUUCAAACAUGAGCAACACAAAUCCCACCCAAACUUCAAUGUUAUUGAAAUUUGUCAAGAAUUCAAUAAAUUCAUUUGUCGACAAUUUUGAGGCUACUGAACCUGGGAGUGAUAGUUUUACUCCCAGCCUAAUAGAUUCCAUUAAACCAUUCAUUGGGAUUCAGUUUGUAAAGCUUGGUUGUGAGAUAAACGAUAUCACACACUCUCAUCUAACUAUACACUAUAAUGAAGUAUAUUAUGAAAUACUCUCUACAAUAAUAUUCAAUAAGCCUUCCAUGGCAAAGAACAUUUACUUUUACGAGACACUAGACUACCUUUCCAAUAUCAUGAGUCAAAUAUCUCAGAGUCAGGAGGAUUAUAUUAGUUUAUCUUUUUGGUUAUUUCGUGUACUCAAUGCAUUUUCAUCACUAACCAAGCCCUUCACCUUCACUAAUUCUGGAGAAAUUAUUGUUGACGUUGCCAAGGCUAUUAUUAAGUUCUCCCAAAUGGCAGUUCAAUUGGUGGAUAAAUAUUCUAUGUAUUUUUACAUCAGGAGUAUAUAUUUGGCAAUUAGUAGAAGAUUAAUCCUUGUGGGCAAGGCAGAAUGUGGAAUUGAUGCCUUUAAUUGUAUUGUCCAGAUUACUAAACCUUUGUACAAUCGUUUGAACAUUGACACUGAGGAAGAUAAAAAAUUUUGCACCUUUACCACAUAUUUUUUCAAGAACUUCCCCCGUGACUACUUUACAAAAGAUUACUUGUCAUAUACACUUCUUGAACACAUAAAAUUUGUAGUACCUUCAAUGGAAAUAAUCAAGGUUAAUAAGUCGUCUGAGUUAUGGAGGAGGCAGUAUGAUAGGAUUCUCCAGUUUCUAAAUUUGCUCCUUACUGUCACCAGCAGUUAUACACUAGAUGAAAUUUUUGAUGAUUUUGUUUUAAAAGGUUUUGACGAUGACCCAGAUAAGUUUAAGAGUCACUACAUCAGAGAUAAACUAUUAAAUUUUAUCUCUGAUAAUUCUUAUAAUAUUGUCACUGUAUUCACAUUCUUAUUAUUGUGCUGUGAAAGUUACUGGGCCGAUGAUCUUGCGCCAAAAUUAUCUCUACUAUCCCUACAAAUCAUGUCCAACCUCGUAUCAGAUCCAGAAAAAAAUGGGUAUAAAUUACCCCUAAAGCUAAUCUUCCAUACCAGUGCCAGUUGGAUUCUUGACGGUAAAAAGAGGACGGGGGAUUUGGAGCAGAAGCUGCUCGUAGAAGCAUGCAAGAUCAUAUACAAGCUAGCGCCUUUGAUAGAUGUUAGGGGGGAUAUUGGCAAUGAGGAGUUCAUUAAAGUAAUAAAUAGUUACUCCACAUCGAACAUUAGUGAUUUUACUAGAAAACUGGUGAAUUUAUCACUUUAG